ACCGCAUUGGGCGGGGCUUCGUAUCACAGGAAUGGAGUCGAUCGGCGGGCAAACGUUUCAUUACACUCUUUGAAAUGUAUUUUCCCACGGACACUUCCCCGGUUUUAUAUUAUCUCCACGCCACGGAUGCUGACCGGGGACAAACAAGAGGACAUACGCGUGUGUGAACCGACAGCGAUGCCUACACGAGGGAUUGUCCAACGAGAGUAAAUGAGAGGUGUGCUUUUGUACUGGCCUUCUGGAUGACACACAGAUCUUCAUACGUCGGAUACAGCAGCAAAGUUUCAGUUUAACGCUCGCCUGUCACACGCCAGCAUGGCCGAGCAGCAGGAGGAGGCCGAAGGCGUGUACAUGGAGCACCAGUAUAUGUGCAGCGAGUGCCAUCAGCUCUUCAACACCCUGGAGGAUGUGCUGAUCCACCAGCAGAUCCACACCGGCCAAGAGGGAGAAGGAGAAGGGGAGGUCAUGACUAUCCAGGGUCUCCCGGAGAUAGGGCAAACCCAGCAGUACCAGUGUCUGGAGUGUGGGACCCUCCUCGUGAACCCGGAGGAGCUGCUGCAGCACCAGGAGAUGCACAUGAGAGAAGCGGGGAUGGAGGUGGAGCACCAAGAGCUGUGUGAGGUUCUGGAGACAGAGGAAGCAGGGUCCGAGGCUGGGGUGUCGGGGCCGGUCCAGUACCAGUGUCUGGACUGUCUGGCUCUGUUCGACUCACCUGAGACCUGGCUGGAGCACCGGAGGACCCACAGCAGGAGCAGCACACACAGCACCACAGAGACCAUGGAGUAUGUGCUACAGCCUGAUGGCACCGUCACUCCACUGAACAAUGUGCAGAACUACGUGCUGAGUGAGCAGCAGGCUGGAGAGAUCUUGGCACAGGUGCUCGCCCAGCAGCAGCAGCAGCAGCAGCAACAACUGAAGAAACGUCAGUCUGUCUCCAAACUUGCUGCACCCUCCCGAUCCGCCCUGCUGCCCCCUGUGACAGCGACCCCCGGCUCUGCCACCAUGCACCUGCAGAUUCUCACAGCUCAAGCACUGGCAGACAACUCCAGUCAGCGGCGCUCCAAGCUGCCCCCUCUGUUGCCUGCCGUGGCCCGAGGAUCUUCGGCAAAGCUGGAGAACGGUGUGCAGAGACUGGAGUUAAGGUUGGCCUCUAGUGUCCAGGAUGACACCCAGCAGCAGCAGCAGCAACCAACAGAGGUGGUGGUCAUCCACCCUUAUGAGUGCUCAGAAUGCUCCCUUCUCUUCCAGACCCCAGAGGACUUCCUCCAGCACCAGGGAGAGCACUUCCUGGGUCAGGACAAAGAGAGCGGAGAACCAGGCGUCAUGAGUGGCUUCGAGGAGGUGCGAGGGAGGGAAGAGAUUUCAGAGAAAGUGGAGGACAUUAGGAUUAGAGUGGCAGAGAAGAAAGCAGCCGUCUGGGCCAAGCCCCAACAGUGUGAGCUCUGCAACCGCACCUUCACCUCCGUCAACCGACUGGCUGCUCACAAACGCGUGCACGAGCAGGGCACGCAUGAAUGUCCGGAGUGUGGCAAGGUGUUCAAGAAGGCGACGUCAAUGCAGACACACAUGCGCACACACUCAGGCGUGGCCAGGUACCUGUGCGUGGACUGUGGCAAUGGCUUCACCACUGAGAUGACUCUAAUCAUGCACAGGAAGACCCACACUGCAGACCCCCUUCACAAGUGUCAGUUCUGCAACAAAACCUUCACCAACAUGACCAAGUACCUCUACCACCGUAGGACCCACCUCAACCGUGAUUCAUCGGGCACAAUCGUCCCUGUCUCCAUGGGCGCAGCUCCCAGAAGAGCAUCGCUCUCCGCUCUCGCCAUCCUACAGAGAGCAAGAGAGAAGAAGAAUUCCCACACCGAUGAGGCGGAGAUGGCGCCUCUCACUGAGGAUGAGAUAGAAAAAAUGGGAGAAGAUCCGACGCCAAGUUCUCAGAGCAAAGUGGAAGGAGGUGAAGUGGAGAAGCACGGGGAGGACAAUGACAUGGAGGUGUCUGCCCCACCUGAAGGUAACACCGACGACCCCCAGCAGGUGGAAGACGCCACCAAGUCUGGCUUAGCUACAAACCCUGCUCCCCCGGAUGACACUGGUGUAGGAGUCACGUCUGGCUCGACGGACUCAGCGGAAGGUGCUUCAGCUGCAUCAUCAGACAAAGGCCCCUUUUCUUGUCGUUCAUGCUCUAAGACCUUUCCCUCCCAGCUGCAGCUAGUUCACCAUCGACGCAAGUCUCACGUGACUGAGCGCAACUUUAUUUGUGGCAUCUGUGGCAAGUCUUUUAAGAAGCAUAUCCACGUGCGUAACCACAUCCGCACUCAUACCGGUGAGCGGCCCUUCCAGUGUUCUGACUGCGGCAAAACGUUCUCAUCUCUCGCCAAUCUGAUGAGGCACAAUCUCAUCCACUCUGGUGUGCGACCGUACCGCUGCGAUGUCUGCCACCGCUCCUUCUCACAGUCCUCCAACCUCCGUCAGCACAGCCUGCUGCACUCUAAUGCUGCAGCACUGUGCUGCCCGGACUGCCCUGCCACCUUUCGCUGGCCCACCAAGUUGGCAGCACAUCGCUACACACAACAUCCAGGGGCCCCGGCCCCUUUCCCGUGUCCUCACUGUGAGGCUGGCUUCCUGACCAGGAGGCAACGAGACAGCCACUGUCUGGAGCAGCACCCCACCCUGGUGCAGGCUGGUUCAGGGAUAGAAAUGGGCAAAGAGACAGACAAACAAGCAGAGUCUGGCAAAGAUCAGACCUCCGAGCCCUCCACCUCAACCACAGGAGAGACAGAACCAGGGGAUUCAACCAGUCUUGUGCGGGGGGGUCUAGACUGUAACAUUUGUGGGAAGAAGCUUAAUUCUCCUGCCAACCUGCGACUUCACAGACUGAGCCACUUCGCCUUAGGCCCUGGGCGGCCGCGGUGCACCACGGGGAAGCGGCCCAAAGCCCACCAGUGUCCUGUCUGUGGAAAACUGUUUGUGUCUUCCUCCGGAGUUGCACUUCACCAGCGAGUCCACACCGGCGAGCGCCCUUUUCCCUGCCAGGUGUGCGGCAAACGCUUCCGUCAGAACACACACCUGCGAGAGCACCUGCGCACACACUCGGGUGAACGACCAUUUCGCUGCGAGGUGUGCGGAAAGGGUUUCAUACAGAGUAUGCACCUGGCCGAACACCGUCGGACACACACGGGCGAACGGCCGCAUGUGUGUCCACAGUGCGGCAAAGCCUUCAAGACCUUCUCCAACCUGAGGAACCACAAAAAGACCCACGCCAGGCAGCAGAGGCUGGAUGAAGAGGCUGCUGCACAAGCUGCUAUGGAGACCAGCUCUGCUGUAGCAGUGGUGGAUGCUUCGGCCGUGGAACUAGCUAACGGGCAGCCUCAGCUCAUCCAGAUCCAAACCUCAGAUCUUCAGCAGGCACAGGGCACUCCUACGAUCAUGUGUAAUGAGUUUGGCGAGACCAUAGCCAUCAUUGAGACCAGCGAGGGAGGAGCGCUGCCUCUGGAGCAGGCCUUGGAGAUCUAUCACACGGCUCUGGAGAACGGCCUCGCCAUGGACACUGUCGCUGUGGAAGGACUGCAGCUCCUCUGAGGACUACUUUACUUUAAGUGGACAAAAACUAGAAUUUACUCUGCUGUUGCCAAAUUGAUGCGUUGAGUACUGAUCUGGAUACUGACUGAAACGAAGCCUAAGUGACUACUGUGAAGUGGUUCAGUUCAGUGAAAUGAUUUACUGGAACCAGAUGACUAUGUACUGGACAAGAAUGCUAUAAAAAUGAUAAAACUGCAUAUUAAGUUCAGCAAACAGACCAAAGUAUGUCAGCUUCCCUGCUUUACAAAGCUAUGAGAGGGAUCAGGAUUAAAUAUGAUUGAAAUGAUGCACAUUAGAAUUUGGCAUUUAUUAUGAAUAAGGACCAUUGGUUGUGCCUCAGAUGACAUUUGUAUGAUUAAUUUUAUCAUUUAUAUCGAAUGGGCGUGAUUUUUCUUCUGUUUAAAAGGUUUGUGCUGUUGAAGCAAAAGUAUUCUGUUGUAAAUAGGUGAAAUCAAUAAAUGUUUUUUCAACAUGACAA